AUGGACUGGGGGGACACAUUCAAACCCCAGGAGAGGGUGUGUCUGCUCCAUGCCUGGCAGGAGGGAGCACAGGUGCAGGAGCAGACGUGGGAAGGAAGACCUUUGGAACGAUCCAGCGAAGAUGUGGAUAUAAUCUUCACACGACUGAAGGAAGUUAAAGCUUUUGAGAAAUUUCACCCAAAUCUCCUUCAUCAGAUUUGUUUAUGUGGUUAUUACGAGAACCUGGAAAAAGGAAUCACAUUGUUUCGCCAGGGUGAUAUUGGAACCAACUGGUAUGCUGUCCUGGCAGGGUCUUUGGAUGUGAAAGUGUCUGAGACCAGCAGUCAUCAGGAUGCAGUGACCAUCUGUACCCUGGGAAUUGGGACGGCUUUUGGAGAGUCCAUUCUGGACAACACCCCCCGCCAUGCGACGAUCGUUACCAGGGAGAGCAGCGAGCUGCUGCGCAUUGAGCAGAAGGACUUCAAGGCACUCUGGGAGGUGAGCCCCAAGGCUUCUCUGUCAAUUAAUGCAGCUUCGGGAAGAAAGGGAGCUGCCACAUGGAUAAUGGCAUUACAGUCAAGCCGUAAUGCGUUCUGCUCUGAGCUAGUGGAUGGAAUUUAAUUUUCAAAACUUGUUUUUGAAAUGAGUGAGUAAAAAAGCCAUUUUGACACAAGACAUCCCUUUUUUUUUUAAUUUAGUGCAUGCUCAAUUUUCUGUAGUUUGACAUACCUUAUAAUUAUUUCUUGAAUGACCAUAGAGCAUUUUAUGAAUUUUCUCCCUCCUAUUCAACAGAUGUAUUCUUAACCAGGGA